CACAAAAUGUAUGAAAAAACCAUGAAGAUGUAAAUUGGGCACUUAGGUAAAUUCUUGCUUUUAUGGACUUAUCAAUUUUAUCAGCCCACAGCUAAUGAUUUCAAAUCUAGUCUUGUACCCAUAUUAAGAUGGGGAUUGGCCGAAGUAGAGGUGCCCUUCCUUUUUCCUAAGCCGCUACCCUCGGUCUCCUCCUCUGCCGUGAGCCCGCCGCCGGACACAUCGCGCCCUCUCCUAGACGCCAUCUCCGACGGCAGAUCUAACCGCUAGCUCUGGGCGCAGCCACCGCAUCCGCCGCCAGUGCCGCCCCCUUUUCCCUCUGCACGCUGACGCGUUGACGGCGUAUCCGCCGCCGGAGCCGCAACGGCUCUCCACGGCCUUCCUGUUCUCAGCGGCGGCCUGUAGUGUUCUCUUUGAUUCUUGGUCCCUCGUUUCUUGCUUUGUUUCGCGUCGCCGUUGCGGCUGGUUGACUUGCGGAUCCACGCUGAGGCUUUGAUUUUGUCGUUUCUGUUUUUGUCUUCGAAUUUAUUAGGCAAUGAAGUUUCUGGAUUGGUACUUGAAGAUUGGCGCGGUAUCGGCGCUGAUCGGAGCAUCCAUGGAGGUAUUCAUGAUCCACACUGGUUUCUAUGACAAGGUCACCGUUCUAGAGUCCGAAAAGCGAGCCUGGGAGAGCACUCCAGAGGCUCAAGCAAUUCGAGAUGCUCUCAAUCCUUGGAGAGAGCGGGACGAUGCAGCAAGAAAAUCCUCAUGAGAUGGUGGCGUUGGUGCCGUACCUUUGAAAGAAACCCAAACUUGGGGAAGGUGAACCUUUGACGAAAUAAAAAUUUUUUAUAGAACUAAAUUGGUCUUCUAAAAUUAAUUAGAUUUUAAGAGUUGGAUACUUAUAAUAAAAAAAUUUGUAAACGUGUCUUUAAAAAUUAUUAUUUUA